AUGCUGCGCGCGGCCCUCCGCGUGUCGCCGGCGCUCGCGACCGCCGCGGCCGCCGUCCGCUGCGAGAAAAAAAAAGACUGGCGGCUUGUUUUUAGCGAUGAUUUUGACUACAACGGGCUGCCCGACAAGCGCAAGUGGUCCUUCCAGACGAACUGCAACAACUGGGUCCACGACCGGCGCCACAACGAGCGCCAGUGGUACACGGACGCGCGGCUGGAGAACGCGCGCGUGUGCGGCGGCACGCUGAAGAUCACGGCGCGGCGCGAGGACUGGGCCGGCGGCGAGGUGACGUCCGCGCGGAUCCGCACGCGGCACAAGUUGGGCGGCGACUUCCGGCCGCCGUGCCGCGUCGAGGUCAAGGCGAAGCUGCCCCCGGCGAAGCGCGGCCUCUGGCCGGCGAUCUGGUGCAUGUCUUCCGAGAGCCGCCACGGCCACUGGCCCAAGUCCGGGGAAAUUGAUAUCAUGGAGUCCGUCGGCUUCGAGGCCGGCGUCGUCCACUCCGUCGUCCACACGGAGGCCUACAACUGGCGCACCUGCAGAGCCAAGGACCGCAAGGGCUCCGUGGUUUUACACGACGCCCACGACGCCUUCCACGUCUACUGGGCCGAGUGGGACGACGCCGGGCUCGCGAUCGGCGUCGACGACGCGGAGCCCCACUUCCGCUACGCCAACGAGCACGCGGGGCCGGCCCAGUGGCCCUUCGACGAGCCCUUUUAUGUGAUGCUCAACCUCGCCGUCGGCGGCAACUGGGGCGGCAAGCACGGCGUCGCCGACGACGCGCUCGACAACGCGGUCUUCGAGGUCGCGCACGUCCGCGUCUACCGGCGCUAA